AUUUCUGUUGCUUUUAACAAAGGAGUAAAAACAAACAUCCAACCAACGUAUGCCUAGAGAGAGAGAGAGAGAGAUUUAUGAAGGCAUCGGGCGACGCCAUUUUCACAAUAAACAACAGUUUUCUCUCUCUACAUAUUCCUUCUCUCACACACCAUCAUAGAGCAGCUGCGAAGUGUGUGAGCUCCGCGUAUUGCCGCACGCUUCCAUGAUUUGACUUGAAUCCGACAUUUUCCUUUCCAAAUUCCUUCGAUUUUGGGGGAGUUUGGUGGUGCUCAAUGGCGGCUUCGCAGAGUGAUGGUGGAAGGAUGGAAGGAUGGCUGUAUUCGAUACGAUCGAAUCGGAUUGGGCUUCAGUAUUCGAGGAAACGCUACUUCAUUCUACAGGAUCACCUGCUCAGGAGCUUCAAAUCGGUGCCAGCUUCCCCCGAUGAGGAUCCUGUUAGAAGUGCCAUUAUUGAUUCCUGCAUAAGGGUGACUGACAAUGGAAGGGAGAGCAUUCAGAGGAAGGUCUUUUUCAUCUUUACUCUUUAUAACACUUCUAAUCACACCGAUCAACUGAAGUUGGGAGCAAACAGGCCCGAAGAAGCCGCAAGAUGGAUCCAGUCUUUCCAGGAAUCAGCUUUAAAGCCAAACCAGAAUCAAGGAGAUUUUGAACUUUCAAGACGUGUGCCGCAGUCGUUGAGGCUAAACUAUUCCAGCAAGCAUUCAUAUUCCAUUGACUGGACUGUCUUCUCCUCCUCAGUCAGUGAUGCAAUGACAUCAGAUGUUAUUGCACCAUCACCUUGGAAAAUCUUUGGUUGCCAGAAUGGUCUCCGAUUAUUUAAGGAGGCUAAAGACAAAGAAUCUCAUAGGAAGUGGGAUGAUCAUCCAGCAAUAAUGGCUGUUGGUGUAGUUGAUGCAACUUCAGAGGCUAUUUUUCAAACACUAAUGUCUCUUGGUCCUUCAAGAUCAGAAUGGGACUUCUGUUUUCAUAAGGGUUCUGUGAUUGAACAUAUUGAUGGUCAUAAUGAUAUAGUUCACAAGCUUCUAUAUCACGAUUGGCUUCCUUGGGGUAUGAAAAGAAGGGAUCUUCUGUUAAGGCGGUAUUGGAGAAGGGAGGAGGAUGGUACAUAUGUGAUUCUGUAUCAUUCCGUGUUUCAUCUGAAGUGUCCACCUAAAAGGGGUUAUGUACGCGCCUGCCUUAAAAGCGGAGGAUAUGUAAUAUCUCCAGUUAAUCAAGGAAAGCGUUCUGUGGUGAAGCAUAUGCUUGCUAUUGAUUGGAAAUUUUGGAAAUCUUAUUUGUCAACAUCAUCAGCUAGGUCAAUAACAAUACGUAUGCUGGGAAGACUUGCUGCCUUACGGGAGCUGUUCAGAACGAAGGUGGAUUGUUCAUCAUCUGAUUUCUCAUCAGGUGAGCUGACGAGCAACAUAACCAUGCAGCAAAAGAAGAUGGAUCUGAAAGUUGAUGUUCGAACUAGGGUGGAAAAUGGGCAGAAUAGGGAGGACAUGGAGGAAGAAUCGCUUAAAACACCUUCUGAACACUCAAGUCUUGUGGGAUUAAAUGAUGCAACAGAUGAAUUCUUUGAUGUCUCAGAACCUCUGGAUUAUGAUCAAUCGGAAACUGGUUGGCAAUCUGACUACGGUCCAGAAAUGUAUUCUCAGGAUACACGCCAACCAAAAUUGUCGACUGCUGCCGUCUUUGUCAAAAAGUUGCAUGAUCUUGCAGUUCAGAAGAAGGGUUAUGUGGACUUGCAUGAUAUGGCAAGGGAAGACAGUCUAUCGUGCAAAUAUGGAUACACUCUUCCGAAGGAUCCAACCUGUAAUUUGCUAUGCAGUUGGACAGCAACAGAUCCAUCAACAUAUCUUAUUCGUGGAAAGACUUAUUUGGAUGACAGAAAAAAGAUUAAAGCAAAAGGCACAUUGAUGGAAAUGGUUGGUGCUGACUGGUUGAGAUCUGACAAGAGAGAAGAUGAUCUUGGUGGCCGUCCUGGGGGCAUAGUUCAGAAAUAUGCUGCUAAGGGGGGUCCCGAGUUCUUUUUUAUUGUGAACAUACAGGUUCCAGGUUCAACAACAUAUAAUCUUGCUUUAUACUAUAUGAUGAGCACUCCUCUAGAAGAGGCUCCUCUUCUUGAGAGCUUUGUAAAAGGAGAUGAUGCCUAUAGAAAUUCUAGGUUCAAGCUCAUACCAUAUAUUUCUAAGGGCUCAUGGAUAGUCAAGCAGAGCGUUGGAAAAAAGGCAUGCCUGGUUGGUCAAGCAUUAGAAAUUAACUAUUUUCGUGGGAAGAACUACCUCGAGCUUGGGGUUGAUAUUGGUUCCUCAACUGUUGCGAGGGGGGUGGUCAGCCUUGUUCUAGGUUACCUCAACAAUCUGGUCAUUGAGAUGGCAUUCUUAGUUCAGGCGAAUACACCUGAAGAGCUACCGGAAUAUCUCAUCGGGACCUGUCGCCUUAACCAUCUGGACGUCGCUAAAUCAGUACUAGUAAAACCGUAAUCCACACCAAUUCACUAUCACAUACUACAUGAUUACUGCUGAAAGUUACCAAGUAUGAAAAAUUUGUGUUGAUAACAAACGAUUGAUUGUAAAUGUUGUUGCUAGUUAUGAUUUUUUCAUUCAA